GGCUCCGCCUUCUUUCUGGAGCCAUUCGUGGAAUCGCGAAUUUCGGCGUCGGCGGCGUAGAGGGAACGGAGGAUGGCGUCGGGCUUGGUAAUGAAUGAAGAGCUUUCUAAGAUACUGAACGAGCUUUGGAGAGCUGACGAGAAUCGUCUGCUGCCCGAGGUGGACUACCAGAUAUACGUGCAGGGUAAGGCCUUUUAUGUCGCUGCUGGCAGCAACAAAGCGAGGGACUGUGCCCGUUAUCCCUUGUUCUCCUACGUAAAUGAGGAACGUCUGAGGACAAUUAAAUCCUUCGCAACAUUCAUUGCUCUCCUGGAUAACUAUGAAAUGUCGACUGGAAUUGCGGAGGUCGUGACCCCUGAGGAAAUGGCUGAAAACUUCCGUUUUCUGGAUGCAAUUCUGGAAACAAAGGUCAUGCAGCUGGCUCACCAGUACCUCGCCAGUAAAAACCUGACAUCAGACAAUCCACAAGAGUUCAAGCAGCACCUCUAUGACAUCUGGUUUAAGCUGUACUCCAGAGGAGGUGGCCGUGGGCGGGACUCCUCCGGGUUUGAGCACGUGUUUGUGGGAGAGACCAAGCGAGGGAGAGAGAUCAUGGGACUACAUAACUGGGUCCAGUUCUACCUUCAAGAGAAACGCAACCACAUCGACUACAAAGGCUUUGUAGCAAGGAAAGACAAGAACAAGCCCGAUGAGGACGAUCACGUCUUGACCCUGCAGUUCAGCUGGAAGGAUAUGGUGAAGCCGGUCGGCAGCUCCUUCAUCGGGGUCAGUCCAGAGUUUGAAUUCGCCCUCUACACGAUCUGCUUCCUCCUGUCGCAAGGCAAGGUGUCACGGGAGCUGGUGAUGGUGGAUGAAUACCACCUGCAAAUUGUUGUGUACCGUCACGGCAAGUACAUUGGGACAUCGUACCCCGUCCUGCUGAGCAACAACAACACUCCGGUGGAAUGAGUCUCCAAGCCAGUGUGGCUACUCGUCAGCCCAUUGCCAAAUCCGUCCGGGAACAGGCAUGAUGAUGCUGGGAAGUUUCCACGUGUUGCAUGCUUUGUGCUAACGUCCUGCUCCAAAUGCCAGCCUGUGCCUUACCAGAUUCCCACCCCCCCCACUGCAUAGGUCCAGCUUAUUCCCUCCCCCUCCCCUCAAUUUCCUCUCUAAAAAUAGGGGCAGAUUUAGGCCACUUGACCCAUCCAGUUUGCUCUGAUAUUCCAUCACGGCUGAUUUAUUAUCUCUCUCAACCCCAUUCUCCUGCUUUCUCCUUAUGACUUUUGACCCUCUCUCUAAUCGAGAACCUAUUGACCUCCACUUCAAAUAUACGCAAAUGACUUGGCCUCCAAGGCCUUCCUUGGCAAUGAAUUCCACAGAUUCAUUACUCUUUGGAUAAAGGAAUUCUAAAUGGGCAUCCCUCUAUUUUGAGGCUGUGCCCUCUCAUCCUAGACUCCUUCACUAUAGGGAACAUCCUCUCCUAUCUUUCCUGUAGGUAGGUGACCAGAAUUGCACACAGUACUCCAAAAUAGAGCUCAGCAACAUUGCAUACAAUUUCAACAUAACAUCCCAUCUCCUGUACUCCACACUCAAGGUUUAGAAAGCUGAUAUGAGGGAGGCCAUUCAUAAGAAAUUCCUUAUGUUAAACUGGCAUUGUAUUUGUUAUGGCUUAAUUUGCUCCUCUGCCUUCACCAUAGGAUUCUGUGCUUUCCUGUUGCCUUAAUGUAUUGUGUUAGUGCUGCUACCUAAGCAAUCAAUUGUAGUUGCAGUUUAUAAUUUAAAUUUUUAGAUGGCACAAGUUGACAUUUCACCUAAUCCUGUCUCAGUAUGGGGAAUAUUGAUGGUAAUGAACUAGAUGAGGUCCCGGUUAUAGCAGUUCCAGAGUCUCUGAAGCUGCCCAUCAGACCCAGUGGUCAGUGUUGUUAACCUGGCUGCUGCUGCAGUGUAAGGUGAAAGGAAAUUUAAAUAGUUCCAGAUGGGCUGAGGGACCUGUUUCUGUGCUGUAGUUUCUAAGAUUUUACAAAUUUGUAAGUUUGGUGUUCAAGUUCAAGGCUAAUUGUAAUUCGACCAUACAGCCACAUACACAGCACGAGGCACAUAUAUGACAGCAGUAAACAUAGUCACACAAGAAGUAAAUAGAUAGCCCAACUCCUUGAAUGACAUAUUGUGUAAAUUGAUGGUGCAUGGGUGUGGUCAGAAAGAACAAGCCCCAGCAGUCCAGGCAGACAGACACACAUGAGCGCAAACACGAUAAAAUCUACAGAUGCUGGAAAUUCAAGCAACACACAGGAAAUGCUGGUGGAACGCAGCAGGCCAGGCAGCAUCUGUAGGGAGAAGCACUGUCGACAUUUCGGGCCAAGACCCUUCGUCAGGGCUCAUGAGCGCAAUCCAGCUUGUCUUCCACCAACUGAACACUGGAGGGCAGCACUGACAGGAGCUUGGAUCUUGCUCCAUAGUUUAAUAAUUAUCCUGUGUCUGCAGAUUGGUUAAUGUCAGACUCAGAGCUGGACACUUAGCACAAACCUAGUUGGGAUUUCAGAUUCCGAUUUACUCAGAUUCAGAUGUAUUUAUUACAAAACUUUUACUACCUGCUUGUCCAUGCCCUGCCCCUCAUAAUUUUAUAAAUGUGUGUAAUGUCAGCCCUGUACUCCAGUGAGAACCAUCGCACCCCAUUCAUUUAUUUAUUGAAACAUGGUGUUUGCAUAAACGACAGAUAUGCCCAAGGAUGUGCUGGGGGUAGUGUGCAAAUGUCACCGCGCAUUCUGACACCAGUAUAGCAUGCCCACAAUGUUCAAACCCUGAACAUUCCUACAGGGCAAGUGGGGUUAAAGGAGUUUCUGUUCCUUGUACAAAAAUAAAUGUUUAGCCGUCCAGUACAAUCCAUAAGCUUCAGCGCAUCUUCCCAUGGAAGCAGUUCACAAAACAGCUUCAUCACAGUUAACUCUGUUGGGAAAGGCACCAUACUUGAUUAUACUAUCUUUAUAAAGAAAACCUUCAUUCCAACAAGUAUCAGCUCAUUUUUUCCAAAAAAAUUAUUUAAUUUCAUAGUACGCAGAAUACAGUACCAGCCCUUUGUCCCACGAUGUUGUACCAACCUUUUAAUCUACUCUAAAGUUAAUGUAACCCUUCCCUCUUGUACAGUUCUCCAAUUUUCUAUCAAUCAUGUGCCUAUCUUAAAUGUCUUAAUAUAUCUGCCUCUACCACCAUCCCUGCAGUGCAUGCCACACCCUCACCACCCUCUGUAUUUUAAAAAAACCUACCUGACAUACCCUCUGAAAUUUCCUCCAAUCACCUUAAAAUUGUGCACUCUCAUAUAGCCAUUUUUGUCCUGGAAAAAACUUCUGGUUAUCUAUUUCAUCUUCCACACCUAUUGUGACUUCUCAUCCUACUCUCCAAGAGGAAGGCCCUGCAUCACUCAACUGAUCUUCAUGAGACACUCUCUAAUCCAGGUAGCAUUCUAGUAAAUCUCCUCUGCACCCUCUCUAAUCCAGGUAGCAUUCUAGUAAAUCUCCUCUGCACCCUCUCUAAUCCAGGUAGCAUUCUAGUAAAUCUCCUCUGCACCCUCUCUAAUCCAGGCAGCGUCCUAGUAAAUCUCCUCUGCACCCUCUCUAAUCCAGGCAGCAUCCUAGUAAAUCUCCUCUGCACCCUCUCUAAUCCAGGCAGCAUCCUGGUAAAUCUCCUCUGCACCCUCUCUAAUUCAGGCAGCAUCCUGGUAAAUCUCCUCUGCACCCUCCCUAAUCCAGGCAGCAUCCUGGUAAAUCUCCUCUGCACGCUCUCUGAAGCUUCUCUAAAUUUCUUUUUCUCUGACAUGGCUGUUGUCCUGAUGAAGGGGCUCUGCCUGAAGCAUAGACUGUCUAUUCAUUUCCAUGGAUGCUACCUGACCUGAGUUCCUCCAGCAUUUUGUGUGUUACUCUGGAUUUCCAUUAUCUGCAGAAUCUCUUCUGUUUGUGAUAUUUAACACAGUCUGCAGACUUGAUACAUGAACAAGUACUGGAAAAUGUUCACUGUAGUGUACUUGACUGAAUCUUUUUUCUGCUACUGGUAGAUACAGAAAUUUCUUGUUAGGAAAUCAUAUUGGUCUUUGUUGUCCUAGGGGCUUCAUUCUGCAAUUAAAAUUAUUCAGAUUAGCUUUAUUUGUAUCAUGUAUAUCAAAACAUACAGUGAAAUGUGUCAGUUGCAAAUUUAUCUUUUUGAAGUAUUAUCUGUUUGUCUUAUGUAAUGCUUGUGCAAAAUUGUAUAAUCAACAAGCCUUUAAUAAACUUAUGUAUGAUCUU